AGCAACCACACCACGCAUUGCAUUACCACAACUACAGCGCGAACAAGAGAAGAGCAGGACAAGAACCAGCAGCAGCACACACGCGGCGACCAAGACGAAAUGGGCCUGUGUGUGUCGUACGACGCGGCGGCCGACGGCCCGGCGACCGCGAGGGUGGUGCUCCCCAGCGGCGAGCUCCGGGAGUACUCGCCGCCCGCGACGGCAGCGGCGGCUCUUGAGGAGGCGGGGCACCAGGAGUGGUUCCUCUGCGACGCCGACGCGAUGGGGUUUGAGGGCUCCGUCGCGGCGGUGGCCAGUGGCGAGGCGCUCCGGCCGGGGCAGAUCUACUUCGUGCUCCCGAGCGAUAUGCUGCGCCGCCGCCUCGCCCCCGAGGAGGUGGCAUCGCUCGCCGUCAAGGCCAGCGCCGCCCUCGUCAAGGCCGCCACCGCCUCGUCAACCCGAGGCCGGCGCCGUCGGGGCUCGGUGGCACCGCUCGUGUUCGAGCCGUCCGAGGAGGACUACUCGGCCGAAGAUAGCUUCACCCUGGCGACGUUCGCGGUGAAGCCGACGGUGGCGCAGAAACGGAGGGUGGCGUACCGAGGCGGCAGGUCGCCGCCGCGGUUCUCGCCCGACUUAACCGCCAUUUUGGAGAGCGAGUAGAGGUGCAGGGCACACGAGACUGCCAGAAAAAAGAGAGGGCAUUUUUGCACAUAUCCCUGCCUUGCCUGGCCGCGACUGAGGCGUUGGCUCGGCCGCUGAUGCUAGAUCGGAAGGCGAAGAUGCGGAGAUGGCCGCGGCACAUGCUUGUGGAUAUGUGGAGUUAGUUUCUUAGAGUCAGAGUGGUAAAUAGUCGCGUCUUCGGCGUUGUUAAUUUAUAUACGUCAGAAGCACUGUAUAAAUAUUGCACAUAAAGAUAUGUCAAUAUAAUGUAAAUAUUGCACCCACGUAAAAAAUACAUUCUUCUC